AUGGAACACGAAAAGGUAGUCGCCAGCAAUGGUGCAUUAGGGAAAGAUCAUGACAACGAUCACAUCGAAGCUCUUACGCAUGAGCGUAGCUACAAUGACCCUUCCUAUGACGACCAUCGUGCCGACGAUGAUCGAGCAGAUGUAGCUAAGGGCAAGAAUUCCGACAAGUUCGAGAAAAAGUACUGGUUGUCCGUUAAUUUUAUUGGUACCAUGUUCGCCAUCGGCAUGGCUUUCAUGGGUGGUAUCGGAGGUUAUGGUCUCAUUGCACCAGUUCUUGGUGAUAUCAACGCUGAUAUUGGCCCAUCACCCAACAUCUACUGGAUUCCUCUAGUCAACUUAUGUGGCGGUGCCGUCUUUUUCCUGAUGGUUGGUCAACUAUCGGAUAUCUUUGGCAGACGAUGGUUCUUCAUCUUUGGGUCCGCUAUUGCCUUGCUUGGUUCCAUCAUUGGUGCAUUUGCGAAGGACGUGAACACUCUCAUCGUUGCUCAACUAUUCAUUGGUAUUGCUGUGGCAUUCCAACAGUCUUUCUUCUGGGUUGUUGCAGAAAUUGUACCUAUGCGAUGGCGAUACAUCGCAAACUCGUACUGCUAUCUCAUGACAACUCCUACUUCCCCUCUGGCAGCAAGAGUUGCAUACAGCUUUCAAACCUACCCAGGUCAAUGGCGCAACAGCUUCUACUUUUUAAUCGCGAUUAAUGCAACUAGUGUUCUUGCCUGGUAUUUUUUCUACCAUCCACCAACCUUCAGCAUGUUGCAUCGAAAGAAACUCGCUAGGGAUCUCUUCCUCCAUUUCGAUUGGAUUGGCGUCUUCCUUUACAGCGGCAGCUUAUGCAUUUUCAUCUUCGGAAUGAACUGGGGAGGUGUUUUGUAUCCAUGGAACUCACCUCAAGUCAUUGCAACCAUGGCAGUUGGAGGUAUCACCUUGUUUGGUAUCCUGCCUGCUUAUGAAAUCUGGGUCUCGAAGAGAGGCAAGGAACCAUAUCUACCAUUGCACUUGUUCAAGAACAUUCGUUUCAUGUCUGCGGCGUGGAAUACCGGUAUUGGGGCUUGCGUGUACUAUGGUGCCGCAAUUGUCUUCCCACAAGUGGUCAACAACUUAUAUUACGCCGAGGGCAAGAUCAGCGCAUACGAUAUCGGAACAUAUGCUGGUCUCCUCAACAUGGCAUUCGUUUUCGCACAGAUGUGCCAUGGUUUCAUCGUUUGGUUUACAGGACCAAAGUGGGCCAUGAUCGGAGCGGCUGUUAUCGCUGCACCACUGUUGAGUGCUGCCGCCUAUGAUCUCGACAAUAAGAAUCUGACAAUCGGCCUUCUCAUCCCAGGUGCAUAUGCAAUGGGUAUCGUCGAAUCUGUUUCAAUCACAACAUCGACUUUCCCCCUGCGAUCUCAGGAAGAAAUUGGUGCUGGUGGUGGUCUCAGUGGUAGUAUCCGAAAUUUUACCUCAGCAAUCGCUGUGGCUGUCUACACAGCGACUCUGAGCAACCGCCUACUCAAGACUAUCCCUGACGAGGUUUAUCCUGUUGCACGCCAAGCCGGACUCCCUGAAGGUUCUUUGGAAAGCUUGGCCGCUGCUUUGAAGGGGGCAGCCUCGUGGAAUUCCGUGCAAGGCUUGACCCCUGAAAUCAAGGAAGCGGUUCAAGCACCAUUCCGCCUGGCGUUCAAGAACGCAGCAAGUACCGUCUUCUUGGUGGUUUUGGCAUUCUCUGGAACCGCAAUCAUCCUCGCAUGCUUCACUACUAAUAACGAUGUUAGUACGGAGAAUUAUGUUGCUGGUGGCUUGCACGGAAAGAGUGAGGAGAAAUCAUACCAAGAGGAGGUCAAAAACUACCGUCAAUCAUCAUUGAAGACAUCUUCAUAA